AUGCCGUCGUCCAAGCAUGUCGAGGGCUCCAGCGACUCGCUGGGCCCUGGAGAGAAGAAGCAUAGGAGCGGAGUGAAGAAACUGAUGAGUAAGCUGGGCCUCAGCAAGUCCAAGGGCGUCACGCCCUCUGCCAGCGAGGAGGUGUUUGCCAAGGAGGCCAGCCACCCCACCACCGACAGCCAGGCGUUCUCCCACGGCGCCACCACCUCCGACAUCAAAACCAUCCUCACAAGCAGCGCCGAGUCCGGGUCCGCCGGCCACCCACCCUCGGACCCCGCGCCCAUGUCGUCGCCGCAGGGCCCCUUCCCCGCGCCGUCCCCCCGCGCCGUCCCCGCCGUCCACCGCCUAGCGGUGACCGGCCUGGAGAGCGAGGGGCCGCCGGCCCCACUCAUGGGCCCUCGCCCACCGUCCCCAGACCCGGACUACGUGCGCCAGGUGCGGGAGGCCGUGGGUGCGCCGCGCGCUGCCGCGGAGCUGACCCCGGCCGAGCUGGAGGAAGGCAUCGCCCGCCUGCCCGCCGGCCCCUUUGCCACGCAGCAGGAGGCCAGCGUGCGGCAGCCGGGCGAGGCGCAGGCGUACCGCCUGUCCCGCGACGCGCCGGAGCUGGCGGCGGGCCCCUUUGCCGCGCAGCAGGACCUGAGCCUCUUCUCCGCCGUGGACGGCGACCAUGCGGUCGGCGAGGGGGCCGAGGGUGGGCUGGAGGCGGAUGUCGCGCACGCACCCCGGCACUGCAUCUCCCUGGACCGACGCACCGAGAGCCAGGCGGUGAUAGUGGAGGAGCUGCAGGCGGGCAAGCCCAAGGAUGAUGUGUCCGCGGGCACACACAUGUACUCCCAGCUGCCCCAGGAGGAGGGGGGGUCCACCGCGCCGGCGCCGGAGACUCUGCUGGCUGGCGGGCGCGCCGCCAGCGACACCUUCUACACCUCUGGCGUCCAGGAGCUCGCGCCUGCAGGAGGGGCAAGCGGUGCUGACGCAGGAGGCGCUGGCGGUGCCGGCGUCGGGGAGCUGAAGCCUGUCGAGGGCUCGGGUGCUGCUUGCAUCGUGGGCGCUGCCGGCGCUGUCGCCUUGCCAGCGCAGGAGAUCCCCCGCCCGCGCUUGCGCGAGGAGGAGAUCGCCGGCCCCACGCAGUACACCCAGGUGGUUAUGCCUCCGGCGGGCAGCCCCCCACUGCGGGAGGAAAGCGCGGUCACGGAGCCGCUGCUGGCCGACAACACCCCCCCGGGCGCAGCGGCGGUGCUGCCCUGCAGCGGGCCCCCUCCCCCGGGCGAGGACACGAUUCGUGGCGACCCCGGCCCCGCCGGCGAGGGCCUGGCCGCUCUGGAGGUCGGGGCCGCCGCCGCAAGCGUGGAGGGGCCGGCCGCCGUGGCCGCCUUCCUGGCCGCCUCCCCACGUGUAGCGGAGGAAGGGCAGGAUGGCUUUGGACCAGCCACUGUGAUCCAUCCCGACGAGCAGCGCCAGGGCGCCAUGCCGGAGGCUUGGGAUAAUGAUGACAUCUCUGCCUUUGCGGGCAGUGAGCAAGGGACCCAGUCCUCCACCGGCAUCAUGUCCACCGGCAAGGACACCGCGAGCCCACCGGCCCCCUUGACGCUGCCCACGCUUCCCACGGGUGCGGGAUCCCUGGGUAAUGACGGUUCGCUGACGGGGCAACAGGCCGGCGGCGUGCCAUGGGACGUGCAGGCGCGUGACUUCUUUGAUGGUGGCGUGCAUUGGGCCAGGGGCCACCCCUACCAUGCCGGCGCCGGGCUGCUCCUCCUCUACCCUGCCUGGCUCAUUGCGGCGGCCUCGCUCAGGACGGUGCUCACCGAGUUCACGCCCGUGCUGGUCAUGAGCGCGCUGGUGGCCCUGGCCGCCACCGCGCUGAGCUGGUUUGUGCUGGCAGGCGAGCUGCCCCCUCUGUCGGCCUUCAUCCCCAGCGGACCCGCCCCUCCAAAGGAAUCCAACGACAGCAUGAUUGAUAAAAAUGACGGGCCCCUCACUCCAAACUCGUCCCAAGCCCAGCCCAGCCUCGUGGAAAGUGCAUUGGGCGAGGCAGGCCCCGGCAAGGAGCAGGCGGGGAACGUCAUCGUGGAGACCGAUGAAGGCGGGGAGGUCGAGAUCAAGGGCCCCUCCACCCUGGAGCGUGCCAAGGACGUGGCCUCCAACCUUGCCAGCUCAGCAGCAGCCGCCGUCACGCAGGCGGGCCAGUCUGCCAUGGCAGCGGUGCAGAACCUCACCGACUCCAGCCCUGCAGAUGCAGCGUCGGAGCCUACCCAGGGCGGGACCUCAGUGGUGGACGCCAUCACCAAUGCGCGUGACCAGGCGGUGAUCAACCUCAAGCAGAAUGCCCAGGCGACGGCGCGGGGCGAGGAAGAGGGCUCCGGCUAUGCCCCCGACUCCGACGGGCCUGGGCCCGUCAUCGAGGGCGUGCAUCACGUGCAGUAG